AUGACAGGAACUUCCGGUGCACGUGCCACCGCCAAAGCCGCUCCAAAGACCGACCAGCGCGGGCUCACGGCCGAGCAAACGCAGGAGAUCCGCGAGGCGUUCGACCUCUUUGACUCAACCGGCAGCGGAAGGAUCAAUAGCAGUGAACUGAAGGUGGUCAUGCGUGCGCUGGGCUUUGAGCCCACGAAGGAGGAGAUCCAGACGCUGAUUACGGACACUUUGAAGCCGGACAGCAGUGGCACUAUUGGCUACCCUGAGUUCCUCGCGAUAAUGACGUCUAGAAUGACCGAUCGAGACCCACGCGAGGAGAUUCGCAAGGCAUUUCGUCUAUUUGACAGCCACAAGACGGGAAAAAUCUCGUUUGCUGACUUGAAGCGUGUGGCGACGGAGCUGGGGGAGACCAUGAUGGACGAAGAAUUACAAGAGAUGAUUGACGAGGCGGACUGUGACGGGGACGGCGAGAUUAGCGAGGACGAGUUUUUACGUAUUAUGAGCAAAACCAGUUGUUAUUGA